AUGUCUACCCAACUUAAAUUUCUCCACAAGGAUAGAAAGCACUUUGACCAUGAAUAUUGUACUUUUCUAGACUGUAAAAACAUAUCUGCUGCAGAUAUACGCGUCAGUGCAAAGUUUGGUUACCUGGACGCUAUGACCGGAACACUAACUGUUGAAUGCCAACAGCUGAUUGAUGUUGCUGGUCCACAUCAUAGCAAGAAACUCGUUGGCGUUUCGUCAUCGCGAAGCUACGUUUUAGAGGCAACUUUUCACGUCAACUAUACGGGUCAAGUCAGAGAUGUUCUUCGUUCACUGCGGAAUGCGAAGCAGGUGGAAACCACACCAGAUGCUGAGACAUCGACAGGGUGUGAGGGAACUAAAAAAGAGGGUGUUUCGUUGUCGACAGGCGAGAAGAAGACCGGUGAGAAGAAGCUUAGGGAGGGCCUCCCUGAUUGGACGCCGUACAUUCCGCAUCGUGUGUACACGCCUUCUGUGCGAAAACUCAUCGAAUUAGUGAUCACUCUCUACACGAUCUUUUCCAUUUUCUGGGCGGUAUGGCAACUCUAUCGGCAUGUUGAUUUUAUACGAGCCUACAUUCAACCCGUCAUUGAUGCCUUGAAAUAUCAUGUGGAGCUCAUGGACAAGUGUAUUCAGUUUUUAAACAAGUUGUUCGAGGAGAUGACAGAUCAGUGGCUUGCUUAUAUCAAACCAGGAUAUGUCAUCCUUUCGUCUUUUGCCUCACCCUUGAUUGCUGUGGGACGUGAGGUAUGGUCAGUGUGCUACAGCAUUUCCCUAUCUUUUGCAGUUGCAUUUCAACCCCUUUACCACCUCUUUGAGCCACUCUUCAAAUUAAUUUAUCUGCUCUUUAUAAAAACACCUUACACCAUCUUCCAGCCAGCUUUCUCUUUAGGAGCAAAGUGUUUUUCAUUGUUUUACGAUGCUGUCCUUUGCCGCAUUCUUUUGGCACAGUUUAGUAAUAUCAAACGUUCAUUUUGCUGGUUGGUUGAAAUUCUUGAAAAGAGCAUGAAGUUUGAUCCACUCAAAGCACAGCUAAUUCUCAUGAGAUCAACUGUCAUCAACAGUGGUAAAGCUCUUAGUCUUGGCUUGGUUUAUAUCUUUAAAACUAUUGAACGACGGGUGUGGUUAAUGAUUGCAAGGCCAGUUGAAGAUAAGGGCGACUAAUACAAUUUGCAUGUGUAAUAGUCUGUACAGAUUACAGAUGGUGGACAUAACUCCUCUGCCAGAACAGGCUCUUUGUGUGAAAUGAUGCAUAUCACAGUGGUACUCAAAUGUGCCAAUGGGCUACUAUUAAAAUGCCUACUUAUAAAUUUAAUAAUAAUUAUUAUAUUGGUGUUUUACAGUACUGCAGUUAAACUGCUAUUUAUGGACAUCUCGGUAGUAAGUGUACCAGCCCUUGAUUACUAACAACUCCCCUUGUCCUUAAAGUAUGAAACUACAUGAACUAUUAUGAUAAGGACCCCUUUAUGAAACAGACCAUUGCCCACCCCCUACCUACAAUACUCAUUAGAAAUCGUUGAAACAGACACCGUAUUUCUGAAUUUUCUCGCAAAUUUAUGAUAUUCACUCUUCGCACCUUUAUUCUCACUGAAAUGUGCCCCUCUCCUUCCCCACUGUUGAGUUACUCGUACUUUGGAGCAUUAAGAGACAACUGGCAUACCCAAAUCAACAUUGGGGAAGGGGAAACACACCCAAGUGUGUCAAGAGUUUUGACGAGUAUUGUAGGUGCCUAUAUGUGUAAGGGUAAAGGAGCAUUGGAAGGUUUAAGGUUAAUACAAUGGCCAAAGUGUCAUUCUUGCUUCAAAAAUUAUUUUGUUUCCAAGCUUACCCUUCUUACAGAACCUACCUCAAAACCCUUGGGUAUAGGGCUGGAUCCAUGAUUUAAUUAUUGGUCCCUUUGAUCUUAUUAUGGAGAUUUGACUGUAGUGAAUGCUUUGUUGAUCUUGUUCAGAGCUCUGCACACUGGUUUCCAGGGUGAAACUACAGCUUGAUAGUGUCUUAACCCUUUAAACCCUAAGAUCAAAAUUUGAAUUCUCAUUUGUUGCCCCUAUUCAUUUUCUACAGAAGUAGAAGGGAGAAGUUGAUAAAAUAUCAUGCAAAUUCAUCUUGUGUGAUCAUGUCCGUAAUUCGCAUGACCACUCUGUUUUACAAAGCAUUGAUAUUACAAGGAGAAAUUUCAUGCUGAUCACUCUUAGGGCUUAAAGGGUUAAAAAGGACAGCGUGGAAAUGAAUUUGUUUUUGAUCUCUUGACUUGCUUGAAAUUUAAGUGUUACUUGUUAGCUUUAAACUUAGGCUUAAUGUUUGAUAUUAUUUUUAUGCUCAUCUCCACAGAGGAUGAUGCUUUAAAUUAUUAUGCAGUUUGGAAAAGACUGCUUAAGUCAAUAUUACUCUCUGAUUAUUUAAAAGCAUGCCAAAUGAUUGUAAUGUUAAUGUGAUAAUGGGAGAAAAUAGGAUAAUCUUUAUCCUGAAAGUUGAAAUUCCCCUUUGAGUUAUUUAUUACAAAAUCACAGAGAAAGAGUUAGUAUUCUAUAAUAAAUAAUAUAUUAUGAUGAGAUUGUUGAAAUUACAUGCGGUUGAGCUACUUUAUAAUAACUGCUGUAUAAUAAUUAUAAUUGUAUAAUUAUUAUACAAUCUACAGCAUGUGUAUGCAUGGCUAUUAAAGUUAUUAUCAAAAUAUGCGUGGUUCCAUAUAUAUGCAAAAUUAUACCCUAACCCCGUAAUAAAAACUGCAAUUUGUGGCUCAAUGUAUCCUAUAAUCUAUUUUUGCCUUGUAGUUAAUUAAUCAGGGCGAAAAAUAUUGUUAUUGGACAUUUUCCCCAUCAGUCAUGAUUUUUUUCGUUAGUGUGACGUAUAAUAAUUUAUUAUUUAUCAAUGUAUAAAAGAAAACGAUUUAGUGUGAAUCAUAAAGGGCUCGAAAAUCAUAGUGCUGCACUAAGAAAUACGUACCCUCAAGCAUAAUUUUGAACCUGAUUGCUUCUAAAGGGUUCUAAACAGCCAGUGUUCAAGAAAAGAGAAACUCCCCUCAAACAUCAAGGAAAGCAAAUGGACCCUUGUAGGGACGUGACCACUCUUGUACCCCUUGUGAUCUCAUUUCUUUUGUACUUGCAUAUACUGUUUGCGGAGAAAUUUUAAAAAAGAAAAAUAUCAAUUCGGGAUUGAAAUGAUUUUUCUGACACCAUGAUACUUGCAUUUCGUCCAAAUUCGUCGCGCCCUUCCCUUUUCCUUCCGCACCCUGAAUUGAAAAGACCUGGAAACGAGAAAGAAGUUUACGAAACACGAAUCAUACGUGACGUACUUACUAGAUCAAAUAUGGCGGCCGUGUGUCGUGCUUUUCGGUUGUUGGGAAUAACUUCUACAAAUCCAAGUAAGUCUGGCCAUUAAUGGAAUCCCUUGAUCCCUUUUAUACAGCAAAUUUAUCAGAGAAGGAUUUCAUCUGUACAAACUGGUGCUAAACAAAGUGAAAGUCAGCAAAAUUGUUUCAUGAAUUUCAACACAAUAAUCAAAGGUUAGAAUAACCAUCGACAGCACUGAUUGUUGAUGCCUUGAUCUUACCUUAGGUGCUUUAAAAAGUCUUGAAUGCAUUAAUAGAUUUCAUCAGCAGCGUAUCCCAUCCAAGUGCUUGCAUUCAUCCGGUAAGACCGAUUCUGUUGUUAAAAUGGAUCUUUUAUUUAACGUUGGAUAAUUUAAAAUCACGUUUUCGAAAUAAACAUUAAGCUCAAAAAAAUAUGUAUAAAAAAAUACAUAAUUAAGCUAGUGAUCAUAAGCAUAACUUCGCUCACUUAUAAAGACUUAAGAUUAGAAAUUUAGUCCAAACCAUAAACAGUUGAGCCUGCACGACCUUAUCAGGGACACCAGAAGGCAGACUGUGGCCAAGUGGUUAGAGUGCUGGACUUGCUAUUCGGAGGCUCCGAGUAAGUCCUGCACCGACCGCUAGCUGGAUUUGUUCAUGGUAGCACCGAGUCCAUCUCCUCGACUAGGCUUGUAAGUAGCCAGCUGUUUUGUUCUGGCCUGUUGGGAUUCUGAGCCCCGUUGUGUUUGAUUUUAUUUGAAUUAUUUGUUUCAGUCAUUAUUUUACUCGGCCCCACUAGUAUAUUAGUUCUAUAAAUACUGCCAAAGGUAAAUAAAGGAAUUAUUAGUAUUAUCACCAAAUAAAAGGAACAGAUCCUACCAGGGUUUUGAUUAAGAACCCUAGUAGCAGGAGAAAGGUGUAAUGUUAAAGGAGAAUAUUCUGAAAGAGGCUCUAUGUCUGAAUAAAAAUUAGUCAUAGGCUACCGAAUGUUAGCUGGAGAAAUCUGCGUAGUAACGGAGAAUUCUCCGAUCUCUGGUGCCUGGUACCUCCUAUCACAGAGGUGGCCUUGUUAUAUGGGUAGAGUAAGUAUUGUACAGGUAUGUCCUUUCAGUGAUGAAAUUUCUGUAAAAAGAAAUUCAACUGCAUUUUCCCUCCUUAUCUACAGGUAAUCUUAUCUAUAAAUGCCUUUGUCAAUGAGUGCUUAAUUUGAUUUGCUUUGCUAAUACUUUACUAUUAGAGAAAUUUGUGUGAAAUUCUAAAAUGAUUUUGGAAUUCAAUGUGAAUUUUUAUGAAUUUUUACAGCACCUAUGUUAGGAGGAAGGAAAAGAAGUGAAUGGAGGCAAGACAGAGUUCCUGCACAUACCAGGGUUUGUUCUUAUAUAGUUUUAUUUAUUUACUUUGAAGUAAAGUAGAAGGGAAUGUCAUAGAUAAAGAAAUUUUGAUCUUUAUUAUGUGAGGUGGUGAGACAUAAUUUUCAAGUGGAUUAGUCUUGUAUAAGGUAUUGAGCGAGGAAAAAUUUUCAUUGAUCAUUGUAGGGGAAGUUGUAACAUGUUAUCAGUGGUACAUGUAUACUAAGAGUUUGAUGAAUUUAUUUUGUUGUUGUCUUUUCAGCUCAGGCUUGAUAAACCAGAAAAGAUUAAAGUUAGAAAAGCAUUUGGUGGACACAAAAAAAUCAAAGGCAUCAAAGUCAAAACUGGCCUGUACGUUUGUAAUUCAUUAGGUAAGGAUUGUUUGUUAUGGUGAUUUGUUGGCACAGUUUUGGUUGAUGUACACUGUUUGUUUAUAGAAGGAAAGCAAUGACAUUUUAGCCUAGUAAAAUUGUUGUUGUCCACUGUACUUUAUAUGCCAUAUCCUAUUCUUUAGAACCUACAGAAUUAUUAUAAUCUAAGCCCUAAAACAUGUUGUUCAUGUAUGUUUUACUAAAACAGCUUGUUUUAACUUGCACAGAUGUAGAAUUUGAGUGUCCUAUUCUAAAAGUAGUACACAAUACAGCAAAUGACAACUUUACAAAAAAUGGAGUGAUGGUCAAGGGAACCAUUGUUGAAGUAGAUUCGAAUCCUUUCAAGAACUGGUUAGUAACACUUGAUUUUUGAUUAAUAUUACUUAGUAGCACUUUCACUGUCACAAAACGUAAAAAAAAAAAAAAUGUUAAUUUGUUCCAUAUUCACUUUACUGUUCUUGCUUUGUAUUCUAAGCUGUAUUUUUCGUUGUUACAGGUUUACAGAUAACUAUAAAAAAGAAGACGACAAGCAAAAUGAGGUAUAUAAUGGGUCGGGUCUUUUGCCUUUUUCUUGUCUGUUCUUUUGAGUGUUUCAAAAUGAAAAUGCAUAGGGGCCUUAGUUAGCUUUUUAGGGGAUUGCAGUCAUUUCUUUAUGCAUUUGUAGGUUGCACUUCUACAGUGAUUGAUCUUAUACUUUCCCAGUCUUAUGCAAAGUCUCAGGAUGACCAGUAUAUGUAGGCCUCCCACAUAGACAUUCUUAGGGUUUUGUCACACAUUCCUUCCCUUUGUCAUGCAUUCCUUUUGUUCAUCAUGCAUUCCUCCCCUUCGUCAUUCAUUCUUUCCCUUCAUCACACAUUCCUUCCCUUUGUCACACGUUAAUUCCCAUUCCUUAGGUACAUGGGGAAGGUACCUGGGAUGAAUUCCUAUAAAUGUCUGCAUGGGAUGCUAUGAACAAUACUGAUGACUGUAUGUUCCUCUCUCUGUUUGUUACUCAUUUGCUAGGAAAACUCGUCACUAGAGCAGCUACUGCCUUACAUGGAGACUGGAAAGCUUUAUGGUAAGGACAUAAAUAAAAAUAUUAUACCCAACUACCCUUUGUGAGCAUCAUGAGACUCAAUCGUUGCAUAAUAUUAUUAUUGCCCUCUUCCCAACCUUUUAGAACUCCUAACUCCUGUCCUUUCCUCUCCCAGCUCCUGUACCCUCUGCCCCCUAUUUUCCUGAGCUUCCACCCUCUGACUUUCCCCACCUCUUUCAACCUUUUUGCCUGUCUGUUACAUUAUCUCAGGAAAAAGUGCCUACACACGCAGUUAUGUCUUCCACGAGGCUAAAAUCCACAGCUAAUACAUGGUGAAAAAGGCUCAUUGUAACUGCAGUUAGCAACUUACAUGUAGUCUUCCCUGCCUGUCUUGCAGCUAAGAUAACUACGCGGCCAGGUCAAGUUGGUGCCUGCAAUGGUUACAUCCUGGAAGGGGAUGAGUUAGAAACUUUGUUAAAUACAUGUCAAGAUUUAAGAUUAUCGAUGGAAAGGAAAGCGGAAAAGCAGUAGUCAAACAAGAACUUCUUCAUUGACUAACGUGGACAGCACCUUUUAUGAUUUGCCUUACUGAUACAAGGACAGAAUGAUCCAACUCCAGAAACUCUGUAAAUAUCAGCCUUUGAUCAAAUAAAAAAGGAUGCUAUUUCAGGCUAUGUUUUUUGGUUACAUGAUGUGAAUGACUAAUCUUUCAUAGCCUUUAAGACAGAACUGCUUAACUUUUAAAGUCAGAAAACAACUGUAAAUUUUGCACCUUUGAUGUGCACAAAACAGAUACAGUCAAAUCUCUUUAAUACGGACACCAAAGGGACAGAACCAAUUGUCUGCUUUACAGAGGUGUCCGUAUUAUAGAGGUGGGGAAUGUAGCAUUUUUGCUGAUUUCUGGGACCAAACGAACUGUCCGUAAUAGAGAGGUGUCUGUAUUAUAGAGGUGUCCGUAAGGAGAGGUUAGACUGUAUCUUUUUUGGGCAACCAACUCGGGAAUUCGUAAAAAUAUUGGCAACUAAAGCUGGUCAUUUACGAGAAUAUUCUCUUGUCAGUGACCAUUAAGGACGGUCGCUUUGGACCAAGAGCCUUAAAGACAGUGAUUAAGACACGUGAGGGAAUACUUAGGGAACAAAACUGGAACUGAGCGGAGACCACUUUGGCACAUUAACCAACUCUAAUAAUUUAUCUUGCGUUGGGGCUGGGAUUGUAUCUAACAAUCACGUGGUCCUUCUUCUCUUUUGGUUUGGGAGACUAUUUGCUUUUUCUCUCUUUCUUUUUUUAAAUCCCUUUGCCCAUCACCAACUCUCACACCUACCUUUCCAACCCCAGCCCCCCCCCGCCCCCAAAAAAAGGGGAUGGUGAAGGGCUGGUCAUGGGUUACCCAAAACUGUAGUUUUUCUGCAUGUCUCAUUCUUCCCAUCACUUUAUCUUGGGGGGAGGGGUGGGGGAGCUGUCAAGUUUUUCAAGAAUGGAUAAUUUGGAUAAUGGAAGUAGAUUCUCUCAAACCACCUGAAAAGAGACCAUGGUCAGCUUGUCUUCUGAUGAAACAACUACCAGAAUGCAUCAUACGAGGGGUUGUUAAGGGCACUACCAUAAUGACAAGCUAUUUGCUCUCUUUUUAAAAAGAGAAAACAAGUCUUCCCAUUAACUGAAUUCAAAAAAUAAUGGUCCAGUUUUGUUAUUUAAGACCAUAUUUAGGCUUUGGAACUGUUUCCUGUCGCCUGCUGCUACGGAUUGCAAGGAUAGACAUGGAUUGUUUUUAUGGUAUGCCAGCAAAAAUCGCCAAAAAAUUCUUACAGUUAAGAGUUCCCUGUUGAGAUUUGUUUGAUAUCUUCUUCAUAACUCUACAGGAACAUUUUUGUAUGGCUAAAGGCACUAAGUAAGGACUUCAGCACAAAAGUGAUCUCAAACAGUGAUAUCCUCGUGAAAUGGCCGCUUUAAUUUGGCACCUACAACCACAUUAUGUCGAGGCAUCUAUAAAGUGUUUUCACUCACGUGGCCAACAUCUAUGCAAAUUUAUUGGAACAAAAGAAAGCGUUUGCAACUCCCAGAGGACUGGUUUGGGACACAAACAUGGCCGCCGUUUCAUUGUUUUGGGACAUAAAUAUGGCCGCCGUGACGUCAUGUGAAGGCACUCUAUAUUUUCCUUUGUUUCAAACUCAUCAUCAUGCACCUAUACCACACCCAUCAACAAAGGUAAAUAAAAUUUAAACCAUGGAAAAAGUUAAACCGCGACACAUACAAGAAAUAUUUUCCCCUUGACCUUGCCAAUGAAGGAAUUACGUGC